CGAGCUGAGCUCAGGACAGCCGCUGCUUUCCGCCUCUCCCCUCUCUGUGCCGUGCCGGCUGAUGGAGUGCAGGGCCAGGGCUGGCUCCCGUGGAGCCCCCGCUCCCCUCUAGCCUAGUCCCUAGAGAAGGAGAGGCCUGUGCCCAGCAGAGCUGUGCAGGGCCCUGCCACCUCCCCACGCCCCACCAUGCCUCUGCUGGACGUUUUCUGGGCUUGCUUCAGGAAAGUGAAGUGCUUCCCGUUGCGGCGGGGGAGGAAGAAUGCCGAAGCUGAGGCCAAAAAAGCAUGCGAGUGGCUCCGAGCGACAGGAUUCUCUCAGUAUGCCCAGCUCUUUGAGGAAGGUUCGUUUCCCCUGGAUCUUGGCUCUGUGAAGAAGGACCACGGUUUUCUGGACGAAGACUCUUUGGGGGCCCUUUUCAGGAGGCUGAUGACCUUGAACAAUUGUGCCUCGAUGAAACUGGAGGUUCAUUUUCAAUGCAAGCAGAAUGACGACUCCGAAGAGGAGGAGCAGUGUCACAUCAGCAACCCCUGGGCCUUGCAGCGAGAAAAUCAGCACUGGUCUCGCGUGGGCUCCUCUGACCUGCUGGCUCCACCGAGUCCUGGGCUGCCAGUGACCUCUAGUUGUGAGAGUGUCCUCACUGAGCUUAGUGCCACCUCCCUGCCAGCCAUCACUGUGAGCCUACCACCCGAGCCAGCGGACCUGCCCUUGCUAAGCCGUGCCCCAAGCCCGUGUGACCUGUCCCUCCUCAGACCCACCCGGGACCCAGAGGGUCCCCAGGACAAAGCCAAGAAGCACCGUUCCCGCAGCUUCCUCAAGCACCUUGAGUCUCUGAGGCGGAAGGAAAAGGGUGGCAGCCGGAAAGCUGAGCCCGAGCAUAGCCCAGCCAGUUCGGAGAAGGCCACCAAAGCCUUGUCUUUCCGCAGCCGCCGUGGCUUCUUCUCAGCUGGAUUCUACAGGGCCAAGAACCGGGCAGACACCUCAGCCAGUGGUGGUGUCAGUGAAACUCGGAGGACCUGGGAGGUCUGGCCUGUAGCUACGUUCCGGCAUCCUUCACGGGUACACAGGGGUGACUGCCUGGUGCAUGUGCCCAGGGACCACAAACCAGGCACAUUCCCUCGCUCCCUGUCCAUUGAGAGCCUGUGUCCUGAGGAUGGACACCAUCUGGCUGAUUGGCAGCCAGGUAGGCGCUGGGGCUGUGAAGGGCGCCGGGGCUCCUGUGGCUCCACGGGCAGCCAUGCCAGCACCUAUGACAACAUGCCAGAGCUGUACUCAGCUGAGCCUAUACUGGCUCAGGCUGAGGCCGAAGAUGAGGAGGAUGCUGGGGGCAGCUAUGCUCACCUAGACGACAUCCUCCACCACGUAUGGGGCUUGCAGCAACGCGUAGAGCUUUGGUCUCAGGCCAUAUACCCAGACCUGGGGCCUGCAGAUAAGGAAGAGGAAGAAGACGAAGAAGAGGAGGAAGCCACUUCAUCAGUAGAAAUAGCCACAGUUGAGGUUGAAAGUCAGUCUGAGGUUCCAGCCCCUAGAGAGGCCUCAGCUCCGGGCCAGGCUAAUGUCCAGGCAGUCAUCCCGGACCCAGCCAAAGCUGAGCCCCAGGGACAGGCUGAAGUGAAGGCCCUGGGCCCGGCCCAGGGUAACGAACAGGAGGCAAAUUCGGGUGGGGAACCCACCUCUGCGUCCAGCCUGUCUGUGGAAGAAGGACACUCCAUUUCUGACACUGUGGCAUCCUCCAGCGAACUGGACAGUAGCAGGAACUCCAUGAACGAGGCUGAAGCUGCAGGGUCCCUGGCUGGACUCCAGGCAUCAGCACCCUAUGAACGACGAGAUUCAGGCGUUGGGGCUUCACUUACCAGACCCUGCAGGAAGCUUCGUUGGCACAGUUUCCAGAACUCCCACAGGCCCAGCCUCAACUCCGAGUCCCUGGAGAUCAACCGGCAGUUUGCCAGCCAGAUCCACCUGCUGCACAAGGGCUCCCUGCUGCGGCUCACGGCCUUCAUGGAGAAAUACACUGUGCCCCACAAACAGGGCUGGGGCUGGUCAGUGCCCAAGUUCAUGAAAAGGAACAAGACCCCAGACUACCGGGGCCAGCACGUGUUUGGGGUGCCGCCCCUCAUCCACGUGCAGCGCACAGGCCAGCCACUGCCCCAGAGCAUCCAGCAAGCCAUGCGUUACUUACGCAGCCAGUGCCUGGACCAGGUGGGCAUCUUCCGCAAGUCUGGGGUGAAGUCUCGGAUCCAGAACCUGCGCCAAAUGAACGAGACCUCCCCGGACAAUGUCUGCUACGAGGGCCAGUCGGCCUACGAUGUGGCUGACUUGCUGAAGCAGUACUUCCGAGACCUGCCUGAGCCUAUCUUCACCAGCAAGCUCACCACCACUUUCCUACAGAUCUACCAGCUCCUCCCCAAGGAUCAGUGGUUGGCAGCAGCGCAAGCUGCCACCUUGCUGCUCCCGGAUGAGAACCGAGAGGUGCUGCAGACCCUCCUGUAUUUCCUAAGUGACAUUGCCUCUGCUGAGGAAAACCAGAUGACAGCCGGCAACCUGGCAGUGUGCCUGGCGCCCUCCAUCUUCCACCUCAACGUCUCCAAGAAGGAUAGCCCCUCACCCAGGAUCAAGAGCAAACGCAGCCUGAUUGGCCGGCCAGGCCCUCGGGACCUGAGUGAGAACAUGGCUGCCACCCAGGGCCUAUCACAUAUGAUCAGUGACUGCAAGAAACUUUUCCAGGUGCCCCAGGACAUGGUGGUGCAACUGUGUGGCUCCUACAGUGCCGCCGAGCUCAGCCCUCCUGGCCCAGCCCUGGCUGAGUUGCGGCAGGCCCGAGCUGCUGGCAUGAGCCUGAGUCUCUACAUGGAGGAGAGCGUGCGGGAGCUGCUGCGUGAUGCUGCUGAGCGUUUCAAGGGCUGGAUGAGUGUGCCAGGGCCCAAGCACACGGAGCUGGCAUGCCGGAAGGCACCGGAUGGGCACCCGCUGCGUGUGUGGAAGGCAUCCACGGAGGUGGCGGCCCCUCCAGCUGUGGUGCUGCACCGUAUCCUGCGGGAGCGGGCCCUCUGGGAUGAGGACCUGCUGCGGGCCCAGGUGCUGGAGGCCCUGAUGCCGGGCGUGGAGCUGUACCACUAUGUCACCGACAGCAUGGCACCCCAUCCCUGCCGCGACUUUGUGGUGCUCCGGAUGUGGCGCUCUGACCUGCCCCGCGGGGGUUGCCUGCUUGUGUCCCAGUCCCUGGAUCCUGAGCAGCCCGUUCCAGAGUCGGGGGUACGGGCCCUGAUGCUCACUUCCCAGUACCUCAUGGAGCCUUGCGGCCUGGGCCGAUCCCGGCUCACCCACAUCUGCCGCGCUGACCUAAGGGGCCGUUCUCCUGACUGGUACAACAAAGUCUUCGGGCACCUGUGUGCCAUGGAAGUGGCAAAGAUCCGGGACUCUUUCCCCACCCUGUGGGCAGCUGGUCCUGAGACAAAGUUGUGAACCUCAUCCUGGUUCCAGGGUGGCUGGCAGUGAGAGCAGAGCAGCCCCCAGAUGCUGCUACCAGGGGCCUGUCCCUCUUACAGCCUGAACCUCCUCUGCACAUACACGGGAGGAAAAGAGAAUCUCAGUGUCCCGUCUCCACUCUACCCCCACCCCCAUGCCUAUGUCCUGCCCUCCCGGGAGAGGGGAGCCAUUUUAGGAGCAAGAUCCCCGCUACUCUCCAGGCCCACGGAGCCUUACCGGCUCCCCCACCUGCGGGGGAAGGAGAGAGCAGUGUGUGCUCGCAGCUCAGUGCCCUUCUCAGAUGCCAAGCCAUCCUGUUUGCUGCUAGGGUCUCUUUGAGGUUGGACAGGAGGUUCUGGUCCUGCCUUUGGGCCCAACAUUGGCCUUACGCUGGCUUUUCCAGAGAAAUUAGACUAGGCACAGGGGCAGAGCACAGGGCAGUCCCAACCACCUUGAGCUGUUUUAUAUGUGUAAAUAUGAUGCUGGUUUUCACAAGGCUGAUUUAAAGACUGGGCGCUGACGAGUCCCUAGGAUGCGACAUGACGAUUUGGGAUAGCUUGGGAUGUGAGAUGGGGGGGGGGCGGGGAACCUUUCUUUCUCAUGUCUCAAGAGACCAAUGAACCAGUCUCCCCUGGCUUGAUCUGCCACUCCCUGGGGUCCCAUGCAGCCUUUGGCCAUACACUGCCACGGCUGGAGAGUAAACAGGCUCGCUCCCACCACACAGGCCGAGCAGAAACAACAGAUGGUGACAAGGAACACGGAUCUGUGUCUGCAUCCCUUCUCCUGCCCUCCGUGCCUGCUGUAGCAGGCCGGCAUCAUAGCCCCUUCCUCAAGCAGAGAGCCUGGCUCAGGCGGCCAGCCAGCCAGACGGCAGGGCCUAGUGUCAUCCCAGCUAGCUGGGUCUUGAUCCAAACCUGAUCCAUCCCACCCAUCGGCCAUCUUGGUUUAUGUGGAAGUUCAGAUUCCAUUCAAAUGUCAACUCAUGUUUCUGUUGGCCAAAUAAACUGGAGUGGGUUGGAUCCUAGUCAA